UCAAGUCCAAUAUCUUCCAUAUAUCCACCACCACCAUUUACUACCACAAGUACUACACUUGGACUUCUGCUUAAGCAACUUAUUUGAGCACUAGAUACCAGCAGCUUCCAUGGGAACCACGGAUAAGCCAGCUGACCCGGAAACCGCCACCAAGGUAGUCCUACCGCCAUCAAAGGAGGAGUCCGAAGCCACGCCUCCUCCCCCUAAACCCGACUACCUCUUUCUAGCUGAUGUGGCUCUCAGGUUCUUAGUGUUCGCAGCAUCCCUGACAAGUGUGUUGGUCAUGGUCACUAGCAAGCAAACAGUAUUCCGAGGUCCUUUCCCAGUUAAGGCCAAGUUUAAUCACUCUCCUGCCUUCAUAUACUUUGUGGCGGCUUUAUCGGUUGCAGGCCUCUAUGCUCUUCUUACAACACUAGCAUCCAUUUCAGUAAUCUGGAAGCCAAUUUGCCCACCAAAGUUGUUGCUCCAUUUUGCAUUUCUUGAUGUGCUGAUACUCGGUUUGGUUGCCUCAGCCACGGGCACAGCCGGGGCUGUUGCUUAUAUCGGAUACAAGGGUAAUGAACAUGUGAUGUGGCAGAAGGUGUGCUCGGCUUUUGACAAGUACUGUAAGCACAUAGCAGGCUCCCUCGCUACCUCGCUGUUAGCCUCAGUCUUGCUGGUUCUUCUGGUCUGGCUCUCAACUUUCACCCUUCACAAAAAAAUUCGCCAAGAUUGAAGAAGAUAACUAAAUGUAUUAGAAUCCUACCCACAUUAUGCCUUCAACUAGUGUGUGUGCGUGCCUUAUCGAACCUUAGUGUUUGCAUAUGUGUAUGUUUCGAGGUUCUUUUAUUGUGUAAAUGUUGUCUACCGUAUGGUAUAUCUUGUCUCUGAUUUGUCUUGUAUUGUUUCUAAGACCUAUGGUGGAAGCUUAGAAUUUGGAUUUCUUAUUUUACAGGUUCUUUUAAAUUGUAAAUGUUAUCUACUUGCAGUCUAAGGUAUUGAUUCAUGUUGUAUCGUUGCA